UCAGGCUACUUGGUACACACAGACACACACAUUGAUGAUGACAACCUGAUUUGAUUGCUUGUUGGAUCUGUUUCUUGUGAGUUUUUGUACAGUUCGAGUCAGACAGGAGCGAAAGAGGACGUUAGUCUUGAACGCACCGACACCAUGCACUGUGUGAGCAGAGGAGGCUGCUACCUGGUGAACUCCUUCUGUGAUCUUCAGGAGGAGAACCAGUGGAAGAAGGAGAGCUACCAAGCAUGUUGGCUGAGCCUGGUCCUUGAAACGAGGCCCCAAUACAAGCUGACACUGUCAGAGACUGACGGCAUUCAUAGAGUGAGUUACAAGCAACAACAGGUGGUCCACUUCACGGUCCAGAGGAGUCCCAGCCAGACUCUGCAGCUGGGCAGCAACAGCAGUGCCAUGACAAAGCACCAGCUACCUUUCUUCAACGCCAGCAUGAAUCUACGUCGUGCCACAACAACCUCUGGGUACAAAGAUCAGCAGCCGGUCAAUGGAGUGGAUCAACAGCAAGUAACUCAGGACCUCAGUAAGCCGGUCAGAGUGAACUUCAGAGCCUCGAGCCUGAUGUCCUCACCAAGGGAAACCUCUCAGCGGGUGCAGAGGAGGGAGUGAAGUGAGGAGGUGAAGGGUGUUUAAAAUGGCAGUUUUGAAAAUAAGACUAAGCCAUUGUUAUUAAAUGUACACAUUUUAGCAAAUGAAACUUGUAUAGUGUAAAAACAAAACAAAAAAACGGCCUUUGCUGUUGCCUGUUGUUCUCUUGUGUGACAAACUAAGUGAUAUCUCAUCUGCUAAGUGAUAUUUUUAGUAGCAUCCAAUUAAAAGUCUUAUUGUGUAUAUUAUUAUUAUUAUUAUUAUUAUUAUUAUUAUUAUUAUUAUUAUUAUUAUUAUUAUUAUUUACCCUGUUUAAUUGUUUUACCCUUCAGAUUAAAUGACCAACUUAUUAUCUUUAAAAAUCAGGAAUAAUGCUGAACUGAUGAUAUGAAAUGUACUGAUAUACUGUAUCAUAGAUAUGAACACAUUCUGACACAGAUUCUGUCCAGUGAUUGUAAACAAUGUUCCAGGAAAAAAUGGCACUGUUGUCAGGGAUCUUAAUGCCUAACAAAGCUUCAUGAAACAAUGUCUGGAACCUCAUUUCGCCUCCAGUUUUACGAUGAAGUUAA